CAGGUGCGUGACAGUCGGAGCUCUCUGCAGGCAUGUACGGCAAAGGCAAGAGCAACAGCAGCGUCCCGUCCGACAGCCAGGCCAGAGAGAAGUUAGCACUAUAUGUAUAUGAAUAUCUUCUCCAUGUAGGAGCACAGAAGUCUGCACAGACGUUUUUAUCAGAGAUAAGAUGGGAAAAAAACAUCACAUUGGGCGAACCCCCAGGAUUCUUACACUCUUGGUGGUGUGUGUUUUGGGAUCUCUAUUGCGCAGCCCCGGAAAGACGUGAAACAUGUGAACACUCAAGUGAAGCUAAAGCCUUUCAUGAUUAUAGCGCUGCAGCAGCUCCCAGUCCAGUGCUAGGAAACAUUCCCCCAGGAGAUGGCAUGCCAGUAGGUCCUGUACCACCGGGUUUUUUUCAGCCUUUCAUGUCUCCUCGAUAUCCAGGAGGCCCAAGGCCACCUUUAAGGAUACCCAAUCAGGCACUUGGAGGUGUCCCAGGAAGUCAGCCAUUAUUGCCUAGUGGGAUGGAUCCAACACGGCAGCAAGGUCAUCCAAAUAUGGGAGGACCAAUGCAGAGGAUGACUCCACCUAGAGGAAUGGUUCCACUAGGUCCACAGUCUGACCCUUGGUUAUCGUUGCAGAACUAUGGAGGUGCAAUGAGACCCCCACUGAAUGCUUUAGGUGGCCCUGGAAUGCCAGGAAUGAACAUGGGUCCAGGAGGUGGUAGACCUUGGCCAAACCCUACAAAUGCCAAUUCUAUACCAUAUUCUUCUGCUUCACCUGGGAAUUAUGUAGGUCCACCAGGAGGUGGAGGGCCACCUGGAACACCCAUCAUGCCUAGUCCAGCAGAUUCAACCAACUCUGGAGAUAACAUGUACACUUUAAUGAAUGCAGUACCUCCUGGACCCAACAGACCUAAUUUUCCAAUGGGACCAGGGUCUGAUGGUCCAAUGGGUGGAUUAAGUGGAAUGGAUUCACAUCAUAUGAACGGAUCAUUAGGCUCAGGAGAUAUGGACAGUAUCUCCAAAAACUCUCCAAGUAAUAUGAGUAUGAGCAAUCAGCCUGGGACCCCUCGAGACGAUGGUGAAAUGGGGGGUAACUUUCUAAAUCCUUUUCAGAGUGAAAGUUAUUCCCCCAGCAUGACAAUGAGUGUGUGAUCCAAUACCAAGUCUCUUCGUGAAGGCUGCACUGAGUUGGCCCUCUCCAGAGAGCUACUAAAGAAGAAAAAUUAUUCAUCCCUGUGUACAGUUUAACAGAAAAGAUCUCUGCCACAUUUGGACCCACCAUUAUUUUCCAACCAUCUUCCCUGUUUUGUGAAGAAAAUGGGUCCUGAUCUGGUUUCACCUAUAAUAUGUGGCGUAUCAGAGCUGCCCAAGACUGAACUGCAAACAAUUAUCUGUGUAUGUAUAUGUAGGGAUAGGUGUAUGUAUGUGUGUGUUACAGAGACAUAAAUAUGAGCACAUACAUAUAUAGACCUGCAGGACGUUGUAAAAUAUUAUCACAUGACAUCUUAAGUAGAAAUAAGAAAUAGGGACUUUUAUUCCAUCUUUUUCACGUUUACAUUUUAUCUUUUAAAAGACUGCUUCCUUCUUCCCAUCUGACCUGUUUUGUGCUGUGUAUAUCACUGCUUUGUAAGUUAUUUUUUUAAAAAGAUCUCAGAUACAUUGUUUUUGUCAUUAUCAGCCAUCAUGGUUAGGAAUAAAAUUGCUUAUAAGAGGGCUUUCAUAAAGUUUUAUUUAAUACCAGUAAUCAUGUGAAUUGCAGACUACACUUGCUCAAGGAAAAAAAAAAUUUACAAGUGAGUUAAACUUGUUCUUUGCCUUCCUAAAAUUGAGAAAAAAGAAAUUAGAGGGGUUCUUUGCCCUGUUUCUUAAUAAAUGCCUAAUACUGCAAUCCUAAACUUAUUUGCAUGGUGGUAAACAUUGAAACAAUUUAGAUUUACUCCCAAGUAAUAUGUUGAGGACUAGGAUGCAUAUCCUUCAAUAUUUGCUUUCACAGUAUGACUGAGGUUAGCUCAACUUUUUGAUCUAUGCAGAGAAAUAUAAAACACUUGUUGGGCUUUGAUUAAAGUGCUGUAGCAUCCAGGAAUAAAAAUGGCAGGAUUCAUGUUUCUGCUGUUGGGGAAAUACUUAGUAUGAUCUUCCAUAGGUGUUGUAAUUAUAAUAAAAACAGCUAUAGAUUAUAUUGCUUCGGCACAAUAUUUUCCUUUAAUAUUCAUCAUAAUCUCCUGAGGCUACAUAACAUACUCCAGUUAUUUGAUAUGCCAAAGGGAAAGAGAUAGCAAAUUAUUUUCCCUCGCUUUACUCACUGGCUUUAUUAUUUCCUAUCCCCAUCUCACUAUCUAUAAUUUAUCAAUAUUAUUAAGCCACUUUGGAUGUUUCUAAAGUCAGUGUAAACUUAAAGUCCUGUAGUAUCUUCAUGAUCAGUAAAUUUAUUAUUACAUAAAUUUAAUGUUGGUUUAAGGUACUUCAUCUGUUGCAUCAGAAACAAAUGCAGCUAUUAGUCCGAAAAUCAUUUUAAUUGGCUAUAUGUUAAGAGACAAUGGUAAAUUUCAUCCAAUAUCAUAUUUUCUUGGGUUUCAAAUAACUCAGAAAUCUAAGAUGCUGUAUAUGAAGAAAGCAUGAUAAUUCCCCCACCUUCUUUAUGGCAAAUAAAUGACGUGUGAAAAAUUAACUAUUUUAUAUUUACUCCUAUUUUCAAUUUUGUGAUAUAUUAAUAGCUUAUGUUUAGUAAUUCCCAUAUAGUAGCAUCUUUUAUUAUCUGCAUAUCUAGUAACUUUCUCAUUGUAAAUGUGGAAGUAGAAAUGCUGCCUACAAUAGUUGAUUUCCAUCUACUAGAAGUAACUGGAAAUUUUACAAUAGUUGCAAUCUAUCCAGAUACACCUCUUGCUGAAAUUGCAAUGAAAGAGCAUUUGAAUAAGAGGCAGUACAUAAUUGUUUUACAGUUCAUUCUGAUUUUUUAAAAAAGGGGGAAGAUCAUUCUUUAAAUUGUGCUGGUGUUAAACAAAACACAGUCGUGUCAUUCCAGGCAAAAUAGAAUCCACCAAUGGAACAAAUGUUUCCUCUCACGUGCCAACCAUCAUAUCUGCUCUGGAGGGUUGGGGGACCCUCUAGAGCAAAUUUGGAUUAUACCAGGGGAAGUGGGGAGAGGAAGAUGAAGGGAAGUCCCAUCAUGUAAGCAAAACAUGAUACUUGCAAAACUUUGGAAAUAGCCCUUAAGUAUCACCAUUGUUUCUACAUUAACCUUGAAGAGCUGAGUGAAGUUGCAAUGUGUAAACUUACACAUGCUUAUAUUUUUACAAAAUCAGAUCUAUGACUCCAAAUACUUUUUCCCCUUUAUUGAGCACUCAGAGCAAGACAGUAAUUCUGGUUAGUAUCCAGUGAUGUUAUUUUAUUCAGAAAAGCUUUUUGAUUCAGCCGAACCUUCCACGAACGCAGUGAGGGAAAAGAUUGUUUAUGCUGAUACCCUUUGUCUUCUAAAAAUGUAUUCCAGGGAAUUGAAGACAAAAUGGGAAGCAGCACCUUUCUCUCCCUUUUGUUUAUGGGAACUUCUGCUGAAUUAAAGUGUCUUCUCUGAAUUGAAGGACAGUUUUGGAUAUGAUUCCUUAAUCCCAGAUACUUAAUUUUUCAGAUACUCAUUUUAUGCAUGUAAAAAUCUCUGUGCCUAAUUUUUCCAGUAACUCUUUUCCAAUAUGCCACAUAAAAUAAUAGCUAUGAAUGCUUGUGCACAUAACAUCUAAUGACAAUGCUAACUAUACAUUGUAUUUUUGUUUAGAUUCUUCUGUAUGUUCUAGUAAAUUAUUUAUAGAAUUUGGCAAUAUGCAGAACAAAAUUAAAAUAGAUUACUGAUUUUCAGUCAUUUGAUUUAUUUCUUACAUGUUAAAGAUCCACAUGUACUAUAUGUCUUAUAGCCCUAUAUGAACCUUAAUUCCAAGGUUCUAUCUCCCAUCCCCAGAAAAGUGCAUUUUAGAACAAUUAAGAUGAACCUAUAUUUUACCUUGGGAAUUUUUAAUGAAAUUUCUACAGCAGAGGCUGAGUGGAAACAGUUCACAGAGCAUGAUACAUAUAUGGACUUCUUAAAAGGAUGGUGUGUGAUCAGAAUGUUAUCUUCCUUUUGGAUCCUGCUUAAAAAUAUUCCUGAAAAAUCAAAUGAAUUAAUACCUGUGCCUCUCUAGAAAUAUUCUGAAAACUUUGCUAGAAAUUACUGAAGACAAUGAUAAAUAAUUAAAUUGGAACUGGUUUUAUAACCAUGAGCAAUACAUACAUACGCGCACAGAGAGAAAGAGAGAGAGAAUUAAAAUCCCUGAAAUAGAUUGGGUAUCAAGUAAUGAAGAUACAGGACAUAAUCCAUUUUGGUAGUUUCUACAUGAAAUGCUUAAAAUGAAUUUAAAAUUUUUGCUUUAAAAUCAGAGUGAGAAUGAUCUGAAUUUGGUGUGCUUUUCUUUAUUCUCAUAAUUUGUUGUAUACAUAGGUUCAGAAAAGGUGGUAUAAUUUACAGUUUUCCUUCAACUCGCUUUCACCAAGUCCUAUGCUUCAGCCACAAUAUGGACAGACCUCCACAUAAAAGCAAACAGUGCUUCAAGCUUCUAAGUCACAGUAACCAAAUUUUUAUUUGGAAGUUUUUCAUUUUUGCCUGAUUCAUCAGAUUAUCAUCAGCUGAACUUUUGGUUGCCACUAUCCUGGCCUAAUUGGUGCAUCCCAAAUAUUUUCUCAUCUCUAAACCAGGUUCUAGUGAAAAAAAAAAAAA